AUGUGGGGCUGCACUGGAGGAAGGCGGAGGCGUUCAGAGGGCUUGGCCUUUUUUACGAUUAUCAUCAUAUUUUGUUUUACCUGUGGCGCAGAAGGGCUCCCCAGCUCCUAUUCCCUGAAUCCUCCUCCUCCUCCCCUCCUCUUUCUCUCUCUCUCUCUCCCUCAGUCUGCCAGGCGCUCGCGGAACCGGCCGGGCUCGGCCCGACCUGAAAGAGAACAGGGCGGGAGGGGGUGGCGGCGCCUGCGCGCCUGGGAAGCUCGUGCGCAGGCGCCCGCCGGGGACCUUAAGUCUGCGCGGGAGCGCGACGCGCUCGCUCUCGGGUCCGGGUUUCUGGGGCCCGCGAAGCGCGAGACGCGAGCUGCGCGCGCGCGGCUGGAGGCUGGGAACCGGUUCCUGGGUCUUAGUCAGAGGUUCACAUCCACCAACUACCUUCCCAGGGUGGGACUGAUAAGAAGGGGAUCAGAAGGUCCCAGAGACCUUCUUGAGAUCCUGGCUCUCCUGCCAAGGAAUGUACGUUUCCUUGUCACAUGUAAAUGGCCUUCCAUUCCACUUUGUUCUGUAGCAGCUUUCGUUUUUGCCCUUUAUGAGAAGAACCAUGUAAGAAAUCCAACUAUUCUGAAGCUACCACAUUGUGAAGAGUCUAACCAAGCCACCUGGAGAGACCAAAUAGAAGAAAACUAAGGCCCCUGGCAAACAGCCCCAGCUGUGCUCCUCCUGGACAGUCAGCACCAGCCUGCCAUGCAUGUGAUUGAGACCAUCUUGGAAAUGGAUCUUCCAGCCCUACUCAAGCUACUGCAGAUGUUACCACACGCAGCAGAGAUGAGCUUUUCUCCCCAGUGCCCAAAUAGCAGAAUUGUGGGAAAAUAAAUAAAACAGUUGUUGUGUUAAGCCACUAA